AUGGCACCCUCAUUCGAUCCUUCUCUUUCUUUCCGGCUCAAUCUCCUCGACGCUAGGAAUGAUAUUCCAUCUUCGCUCUGUUACCUUGCCGACUAUCAUGAUGUCGUCCAAAAUUCCGGCCACAUCCAAGAAGAAGUUUGCAUCAUUGAACGGCAAAUGCGAACCUGUCACCCAGACCUGAUCUUUCUGGGGAAACAAUUCGAAUCAUGUGGCCCACAUCCCGAUGUCCAAGCACAUUCAGAUGAUCAAGAUGUUAACCUGGAAAACGCCUUGUCGGCUUUGGGGCUAGACGGGACAACUCCGCCAGAGCUGGGCAACAUCAUCCAAGACUUCAACCUUCCACAAGCACGGGCAGACGGUGGUGUGACACAACCUGCUGGAGCAGCCCAUCGUCCUUUGGCCCAGGCAGCUGGGGUUAUGCGACUCGGACAGCUUUCGACGUUGCAGUGGGGAGAUGUUUCAGAACAAGAAAGCCGGAUAGCGUAUUGGCUUGCUGGCUCGACGAAGCUCGACCCCUUCCAUUUAAUCAACGUCAGACCCAACGACGACAUCUGGCAGUCGCAGAGAGAACUCAGGAGCAGACUGACGCUGGAGGACUUCGAAAGUACAGACACCGACGCCGGAGGAUCGGAAGAAGCAGAGAUCUGGAGUAUGGAUGAUGAACCCAAUGAGGGCACCGACCUCACCUCAGAGAUGUCGCUGUGA